AUUAUAUGUGAUUUAAAGAUUUGCUGUAAACGCAUUUUCAAGUAUUAGUUUUUUUGGAGAUCCAGUCAUAAAAAACUGGCGUGGUCCGGGUCGGCCGCGGUUUUUGACAGUUAAGUGAAGUCCUUUAUAUUAUAUCAAAUACAUUUUUACGAAAAAAACCGUGAUUUUAAAACAUGUCAAAACAUAAAGAAAACCGCUGGUCAAAUUAUGCAUUGAGAAUAAUCAUUAACACAGUAUCACAUCCAUUCGAAUAUGCAAAAGUCCUCAUACAGAUCGGCUACGAACCAGUCCCUCCUAGACCUGCAAAAACCCUUUUUGGAAAACCCGCUCUGAAAUUGCCCAAUAUCUUUGAAUAUGUGAAAUAUAUAAAGAAUGUAGAUGGUUUUAUGGGGUGCUAUAAUGGUUUGACGCCCAAAGUAUGUGGAAACUUAAUGUCGGCUAUAGCUUCCCAGAGACUUCUUGAUUACUUAGAACCUCCAAAUGAAGAUGAUUUCGAUGAAGAACCCACGGAUGAACAAAAGAGAAGAAACUUCGUAAGAAGUAUGAAAUGUGAUAUAAUGACACAUACUGCAGCUAUUGUUGUUAGCCAACCAUUCCAUGUUGUUACAGUAAGGAUGAUGGCCCAGUUUAUUGGGAGAGAGACCAAAUACAACGGCAUUUUCGGUUCAGUAAAAGAAAUAUACCGCGAAAACGGUAUGCUGGGCUUCUUCAGUGGUCUAAUCCCCAGAUUAUUAGGCGACAUCCUGUCUUUGCUCCUCGCCAGCUCGCUCACCUACGCCAUCAAUACCUACAUCAUAGAGGAAAAGGAUUUGAAAGUGUACACAUCUGCCACGAUGACGUUCCUAUCCACAGCCAUCACGUAUCCGUUCCAAGUCAUAUCCAACUGCAUGGCAGUGACCAAUUCCGGCUUGAAAGCCGGUUCACCAACCUUUAUGCCCCAUUACAGCUCUUGGGUGGAUUGCUACUACGAUUUGUCCAGCAAGCAGCAGUUGAAGAGGGGUUCCAGCUUGUUGGUGCGCUACUACGUUGGGCCGUCUAUCGUAAUCGGCGGCAAGCCUGUCGCUUUCCCCGCCAAAGACCAAAAGUUGAUUUCUUAAGAUUGGAUUUAAUAUUAUUUCCAAUUGAUUGUAGUGACUAUUUUGCCAACAUCCUCGUAUGUACAUAUUUUAAUAUAUUUUCUGAGCGCACGAUAUUUGUUAUCAUGUCAAUAAACUGUUUUGUUUUA